CUGCCACACGCCAAUGCGCUAUUCUCUUCUUCUUCAUUUCUUCUGAUUAUAAACAGAGAUUCUCUGAUAAAUAUGAAGAGAAAACGAAUGUGAUUAGUUAAACUCACCAGAUUCAUUCGGUGCAGAUUCAGGUAUUGAAAUUAGAAUCAGCAAAUUCGUUUUGUGAUAGCAGUGGUGGUUGUACUGGUGCAAUAUGGCCACGAAUGCCACAACUGCAAGUCAUUGCCCUUCUCCCAUGAAGGCUACGUCUAACGGGUUGUUCCAGGGUGAUAAUCCUCUGGAUUAUGCACUCCCUCUCGCAAUCCUUCAGAUAUGCCUUGUGGUUGCCCUCACACGCAUCCUUGCUUUUCUUCUUAGGCCUUUACGACAGCCUCGUGUCAUCGCCGAGAUUGUUGGAGGAAUAUUGCUUGGCCCAUCAGCUCUGGGUAGAAACGAAAAGUAUUUGAAUGCAAUCUUUCCGUCCAGAAGCCUCACAGUGUUGGAUACUUUGGCAAAUCUUGGUCUCCUCUUCUUUCUGUUUCUUGUUGGCCUAGAGUUGGAUCCAAAAUCACUCCGCCGCACUGGAAAGAAAGCUCUAUGUAUAGCCCUUGCAGGGAUUAGCGUUCCUUUUGCGUUAGGAAUAGGAACAUCGUUUGCCCUCCAUGCAACUAUCUCAAAGGGUGUAGAUGAAGCUCCAUUUCUUGUCUUCAUGGGGGUUGCUCUUUCCAUUACUGCCUUCCCUGUCUUAGCCCGUAUUUUGGCUGAACUAAAGCUUUUGACUACAGAUAUUGGCCGAAUGGCAAUGUCAGCGGCAGCUGUGAAUGAUGUGGCUGCAUGGAUUCUGCUAGCUCUUGCCAUCGCCCUAUCAGGAACUGGCCAUUCUCCCUUAGUAUCAUUAUGGGUUUUCUUGUGUGGUUCUGGUUUUGUCCUUUGCUGCAUAUUCAUUGUCCCUCCUAUAUUUAAAUGGAUGGCACAGCGUUGCCCUGAGGGUGAACCAGUGGAAGAGCUGUACAUAUGUGCUACUUUGGCUGCUGUUUUGGCAGCUGGUUUUGUUACUGAUUCUAUUGGAAUUCAUGCCCUCUUUGGUGCCUUUGUGAUUGGAGUUCUUGUCCCCAAGGAAGGGCCAUUUGCUGGUGCCCUUGUGGAAAAAGUUGAAGAUCUUGUAUCUGGCCUUUUCCUUCCUCUGUAUUUUGUCUCCAGUGGCUUGAAGACAAAUGUAGCCACGAUUCGAGGGGCUCAGUCUUGGGGUCUCCUCGUUCUUGUGAUCAUUACAGCAUGUCUUGGAAAGAUAGUUGGCACUGUAUCCGUUUCCCUUAUGUGCAAGGUGCCUUUUCAGGAGGCUGCAGCUCUUGGCUUCCUCAUGAAUACUAAAGGCUUGGUAGAGCUCAUUGUUCUAAACAUUGGUAAAGACAGGAAGGUAUUGAAUGAUCAAACAUUUGCAAUCAUGGUUUUGAUGGCAAUCUUUACCACUUUUAUAACUACUCCUCUUGUGAUGGCGGUGUAUAAGCCGGCUAAAAGAAUGAGUAAACGUGAUCACAAAUACAGGACAAUCGAGAGGAAAGACACUAAUACUCAGCUUCGAAUAUUGGCCUGCUUCCACAGUACAAGAAACAUCCCCUCUAUGAUAAAUCUCAUUGAGGCUUCACGCGGAACUGAGAAAAAGGAAGGACUAUGUGUCUAUGCAAUGCACCUCAUGGAACUCUCAGAAAGGCCGUCUGCGAUACUUAUGGUCCACAAGGCUAGAAAGAAUGGGCUACCUUUCUGGAAUAAGGGGAAGCAAUCAAAUAGUGAUCAAGUUGUUGUUGCUUUUGAGACUUUCAGGCAGCUAAGCAGAGUGUCUGUCCGCCCAAUGACGGCAAUCUCAGCAAUGUCUGGCAUGCACGAGGAUAUCUGCACUAGUGCUGAAAGAAAAAGGGCAGCCAUGAUAAUUCUCCCGUUUCAUAGGCACCAGAGGUUGGAUGGGUCAUUGGAGACAACUCGAACCGAGUUCCAUUCGGUCAAUAAGCAAGUUCUCGCGGAAGCACCAUGCUCAGUGGGGAUCUUAGUUGAUCGCGGUCUUGGUGGAACUACCCAUAUAUCUGCAAGCAAUGUUUCUUCCAUCACAACGGUCUUGUUCUUUGGGGGACAUGAUGAUCGUGAAGCCCUUACUUAUGGUGCACGUAUGGCCGAGCACCCUGGCAUCAGUCUAACCGUUAUUCGCUUCUUACCAGGCCCUGAGAUUUCAGGCGAUGAGAUCGUCCGAACUGAUAUAAACACAAUCUCCAAUGCUUCUGAAGGGUCAACUGAUGAACGGGCUCUGAUUGAAUUUAAGAAGAAAAUCUCAAAUGACAGCACAAUAAGUUAUGAAGAAAGAGUAGUGCAAAAUUCAACGGAAACGAUCGAAGUAAUUCGAGAAUUCAGCCGAUGCAAUCUUUUCCUGGUCGGUCGAAUGCCUGAGAGUCAGGUUGCAGCCACAUUGAAUGCCAAGAGCGACUGCCCUGAACUAGGGCCAGUAGGCACCCUGUUGACUUCCCCUGAAUUCUCAACUUCAGCAUCUGUUUUGGUGGUGCAACAGUUUACGAAGCACUCACCUCCUCCUUCAGUAACUUCUACGAAGGUUGCAGAGACGCCCGAUCCGGAUAUAGAAAGUGCAUGAUCAACUUUGCUCUGCCUUGGAUAGUUGGAUGUACAGCAUCAUGAUCAGAUUACAACCAUGAUUCUGAAAAUUAAAUAUAUUAAUUAUUAAAAAUCAGCAUUAUACCCUUAUGAUGAUUAAUGCAAUUAUGUUGUAGUACUAA